AAACUCUCAGUGAUUCACCACUAAAUCAGUUAGUUAACCAUCAACCAGGGACGAGACACUCCACCUCUCGGAUGGUUAGCUGCGCGAGGGCCGGAGGAGAGCUGAUGUCAGUCACUGACUCCGCUGCUGUCUUCUCAUCACACUCAGUCGGGCCUGAGACCUGUCCUGCUACGAGGUGGAGCCAGGCCCGAGAAGAGUUAGGAAGAGGGGGGUAACAGAGGUGUGUGGGGGUGUGAGAAAAGAAAGAAAGAAGGAGGAGGAGGGGGGCAUCAGCUUCUUGGACAAGUCUAUCUGCCCCUCUGUCAGGUAGUUGAGAAUUUGUUUGCCCAAACCAGUGAUAGACAUGGACAUGGCAGACUACAGCGAGGCUCUGGACCCAGCCUACACCACGCUGGAGUUCGAAAACAUGCAAGUGCUCCCACUGGGCGCAGACAACUCGCCGGCUGAAAGCACCAACAUGAACGCCACCGGCCACCUGGCAGCGGGCAGCUUGUGUGCCAUAUGUGGAGACAGGGCUACAGGCAAACACUACGGGGCCUCCAGCUGCGACGGCUGCAAGGGCUUCUUCAGGCGAAGUGUUCGCAAGAACCACAUGUACUCGUGCAGGUUCAGCAGACAGUGUAUUGUGGACAAAGACAAGAGGAAUCAAUGCAGAUACUGUAGACUGAAGAAAUGCUUCAGAGCCGGCAUGAAGAAAGAAGCUGUACAAAAUGAGCGAGACAGAAUCAGCACCAGGAGGUCCAGCUACGAAGACAGCAGUUUACCGUCCAUCAACGCGCUCAUUCAGGCCGAUGUCCUGUCGAGACAGAUCACCUCCCCCGCUCCCAUCCUGAACGGAGACAUAAGGACCAAAAAGAUCGCCGCCAUCACAGACGUCUGUGAGUCUAUGAAGCAGCAGCUGCUGGUCCUGGUAGAGUGGGCCAAGUACAUCCCGGCCUUCUGCGACCUGCCCCUGGAUGACCAGGUAGCUUUGCUUCGAGCUCAUGCAGGAGAACAUCUUCUGCUCGGUGCAGCCAAGAGGUCCAUGCUCUACAAAGACAUCCUGUUGUUAGGAAAUGACUAUAUCAUUCCUAGAAACUGUCCGGAGUUGGAGGUGGGCCGGGUGGCCGUGAGAAUCCUGGACGAGCUGGUUCUUCCUUUCCAGGAGCUGCAGAUAGAUGAUAAUGAAUACGCCUGCCUGAAGGCCAUUGUUUUCUUUGACCCAGAUGCUAAAGGUCUGAGCGACCCAGGAAAGAUCAAGAGAAUGCGAUAUCAGGUCCAGGUCAGCCUGGAGGACUACAUCAACGACAGGCAGUACGAUUCCCGGGGCCGCUUCGGAGAGCUCCUCCUCCUGCUGCCAACUCUACAGAGCAUCACCUGGCAAAUGAUCGAGCAGAUCCAGUUUGUCAAACUCUUCGGCAUGGCGAAGAUCGACAACCUGCUGCAAGAGAUGCUCCUCGGAGGUUCAGCUAAUGAAGCGCCGCAUGCACCCCACUCCCUGCAUCCACACCUGGUUCAGGAGCACCUCAGCAGUAACGUUAUAGUGACCAGCAACAUGGCAACGCCAAUCCAUAACGGUCAAAUCUCCACUCCUGAAAUUCCCAUCCCGUCUCCACCUACUGCCUCUGGGUCGGAACAUUACAAAAUGCCACAGGGGGUGAUAGCCACCGUGCCCAAGCAGCCGACCUCCAUCCCUCAGCCCACCAUCACGAAGCAAGAGGCCAUCUAACAACACUUUGGAUCCUCCAGCUUUUUAUUUGAAAGUGUAAAACACAUUCAGCACCGAGGCUGUUAACUCGACCAGGACAUGAAAGUAGCUUCAUCAAAAAUGAGUUAGCCUUCAGGGACAUGCUUGUUCAUAGGAAGAUGGUUGUAACUGCUGGACGCAGCAGCGUGGUCGUGUGACCCUUAAAUAAAUGUUACAACAAGCCCUACAUGUUCAUACAUUUAAUGUAGCAUGUUUAAAUGUGUUUUAAUGGUAACAAUAAUAAGCUCAGGAGAAAGAAGCUCUCAAAUUUAUAUUUUAUCCUGUGACCAAACCUUCUGCCUCCUGAUUAUUUACCAGUAAGAUGUUCAAAACUAAGUAAAAUAACCAAACUAACACGUUUUAAAACAUCGCAGGCAGAAAACGCUUCAGAAGUUUCCCAGUGAGAUGUUUUUUUAUUUAAAAAUAUAUAUAUAUAUACAUAUAUACAUAUAUAUUGUAUUUUUGUUUAGUACUUUGUCAUGGUUUAACUGCCAGAUUAAAUUGUGCCUUGUAACCUGUACUGCCUUAAAAAACAGGAAUGUUUUGCCUUACAAUGUGAAACUGGCUUAAUAAAUUUUUAUGUCUAUUUUUA